AUGCAGUUUAUAUGGGGACUGAAGAGUGCCCUGUCGGUCCUGAACCCGCAUCACCCGCACCAGCACCAUCGCCAUAAGGGGCCAAAGCGACCGGAAACCAACAUAGCUGAUGACGUCACUCAGCUCAUCGGUCGCACGCCCAUGGUGUAUUUAAACCAACUGUCGGAGGGGUGUGUUGGGAGCAUCGUGUGCAAGCUGGAGGGCAUGGAGCCGUGUGGGAGCAUCAAGGACCGCGUGGGAUACAGCAUGAUUGCAGAUGCUGAGGAGAAGGGGUUAAUCAAGCCCGGGAAGAGUGUGCUGGUGGAGCCGACGUCGGGCAACACGGGCAUCGGCUUGGCGUUCAUAGCAGCGGCGAGGGGCUACAAGCUCGUCCUCACCAUGCCCGCCUCCAUGAGCCUCGAGCGCCGCGUGCUGCUCAAGGCCUUCGGGGCCGAGGUUGUCCUUACCGACCCUGAUGAGGGCAUGCGGGGAGCCAUCAUUAAGGCCAAGGAGAUCGUAAGCCACUCCAAGCAUGCCUUCAUGCCGCAGCAGUUUGAGAACGAGGCCAACACCAAGAUUCACUUUGAGACGACGGGGAGGGAGAUCUGGGAGGACACGGAGGGGCGUGUUGAUGCGGUGGUGUGCGGUAUUGGCACUGGUGGUACUUCCAUGGGCGUGGGCCAAUAUCUCAAGAGCAAGAAGCCGAGCGUCAAGAUCAUUGCAGUGGAACCUGAGGAGUCAAACAUCCUGUCAGGUGGACAUCCAGGACCGCACAUGAUCCAGGGCAUCGGACCGGGCUUCAUUCCGAGCAUUCUGGAUGAGAGCAUGCUGGAUGAGGUCAUCGCGGUCAGCAGCGAUGACGCAAUCCAAAUGGCGCGCCAGCUGGCGCUCAAGGAGGGCAUGCUGGUGGGCAUAUCGUCUGGUGCAGCGGUGGUUGCUGCGAUCAAUGUUGCAAAGCGGCCUGAAUACGCUGGGAAAAUGGUGGUGGCCAUUCUGCCAAACGCGCGGCCGCUGCUGCGCAGACCCGCGGGCGCAGGCGGGGCGGAACGGCAUGUGCGCAAUCCGCCACCGAACCGGGUUCGCGGAGUGCGGGCGGAUUCCCGCCGCGCGGAGAGUGAUGCGCGCGGAAAUUGCGCGGACUUGGCGGAACAAGGGGGACUCGGCGUGACGAGACGAGCGCUCCUCUCGUCCACCCUCCCCCUCUCCAUCGCCCUGCUCGCGCCCCCUGCUCCCGCAGUCCCGGCCCUCGGCGAUCCUUCAGUCACCAUUGCUGACGUCACCCGUGACGUCACGCCCGCUGGGAAGCUUCCUGCUGCUGAGGAAGCAACGGUGGCUCUGUUCGAACGAACCACCUACUCGGUCGUCAAUAUAUUCGAUGUGACUCUAAGGCCCAGCAUGAACACCACGGGGCAGGUGGAGGUGCCUGAGGGGAACGGGUCGGGCGUGAUGUGGAACAGCGACGGUUACAUUGUCACCAACUACCACGUGGUCGGGAGUGCACUCUCGCAAAACCCCCCUGCUGGAAGGACUAUCGCCAGAGUCACCCUGCUCGGGACAGACGGCUUUCAGCGCAAUCUGGAGGGAGUGCUGGUGGGGGCUGACCGGACCAAGGACCUUGCAGUUCUCAAGGUCUCUGCCCCUCCCAACCUCCUCCGCCCUCUACCCUUGGGCGAUUCCUCCUCCCUGCGGGUGGGGCAGCGAUCAUACGCCAUCGGCAACCCGUUUGGCUUCGAUCACACGCUGACAGCGGGGGUGCUGAGUGGGGUAAAUCGCGACAUCUACAGCGCAGCAGGCGUGGUGAUCGCAGGGGGUGUGCAGACAGAUGCAGCCAUCAACCCCGGCAACAGUGGUGGCCCUCUGCUCGACUCUGCUGGCAGGCUCAUCGGAAUCAACACAGCCAUUUACACCAACACCGGCACAUCUGCUGGCGUGGGCUUCGCCAUUCCUGUAUCAGUGGUGGCACGCGUGGUUCCCCAGAUCAUUCAGUAUGGCAAGGUGAUCCGUCCCACGCUGAACAUGCAGCUUGCAGCUGAUGGCAUUGCCAGGCAGCUGGGCGCGGCAGCAGGGGCGCUGGUUCUUGGGGUGAAGCCAGGGUCAGCAGCAGCCAAGGCAGGAGUGACGGCAACCAGGAGAGGCUUCGCAGGCAAUAUUGUGCUGGGAGAUGUGAUUGUGGCGAUUGACCAAUACACUGUGAAAAUGGCUGCUGAUGUGGACAAGGCCUUGGAUGACCUGUCAGCGGGUCAAACUGUGUCGCUUCAGUUAUUGAGAAAUGGUGAGAAGGUGACAGUGCAACUUCCUCUUGAAGAGUCUUCAUAA